AUGUCAAGCGAAGAAUGGCUUCAAGGCGCCCUUUUCAUUGGUGGUUUUCCUUGGAUACCCCUGGACGGCGAACUUUCUCCCAUGCGCGCAGAAAACGCUGGUCAAGAUAUCUUCUCUCUGAAGCUAUUUUUCUUCAGUGUAGCGAAGGAUGAGACGAUGGUCAAUUUGGAGCACACCAUCGUUGAGACAUGUUCCACGCCGUAA